GAUGUAUUCUGGGAGUACUGUACGUGAUUUUCUGUGCAGGGUAAAGCUACCAUCCACGGAGACACGCGCGUCAGAAGCUCUUUCAGUCCCCAGAGCUGUCAGUCAGGUUUAAAGGCACACAUAGAAAAAGCGAGCCAGCCCUACCGCACCUGUUGAUCGCAAAUGGAAACUCUCUCUCUCUCUCUCUCUCUCCACGCUUAAAAUCGACUGUCACUUAAGUCAUUGCAGUGCUAGUCAAAUCUGAUGUAUUAAAUUCCUAAUGGUCAGAGUGCAUGGAUGCGUGUCUUUAGUGCUGCUCAGAAACACGUGCGCUCAUUUGUGCGAGGAGCGCGCAUCUCUCCAGAGGCGCACAGAAGCUCCGCGCUGGAUCCCACUGAUAUCUUCUAUCUGAAAACUGAGGAUCAACACACGCAUUCCAGGUUGACGUCAGCCUUCUGGGAUGGAGGGCACAGGCAGCGGCUGGUCAGCUGAGCUCACUCCUGUGAUGCAUGAGGUGAACGGCAGUGACACCGGCCAGGUCUUUGAGGUGGCGCUGCAGAACGGCUCCACCAAGCGCAGCCCCCAGUUUGUGGGUGUGGAGCUGCUACAGUCUUUCAAGCUGCUCAUCAUUCCCUGCUACACUCUGGUGGCUCUGGUGGGAGUCUUUGGCAACUAUCUGCUCCUCUAUGUCAUUUGCCGCACCCGCAAGAUGCACAACGUCACCAACUUUUUCAUUGGAAACCUGGCCUUCUCUGACAUGCUGAUGUGUGCCACGUGUGUCCCUUUCACACUGGCCUACGCCUUCAACCCACACGGCUGGGUGUUUGGUCGCUUCAUGUGCUACCUGGUGUACCUCAUUCAGCCUGUGACGGUGUAUGUGUCGGUCUUCACUCUCACUGCAAUUGGUGUGGAUAGAUACUAUGCCACAGUUCAUCCUCUUAAAAAGCGAAUCUCAGUAUUGGCGUGCACCUACCUUUUGUCUGGGAUCUGGCUGCUGUCCUGCGGUCUGGUGGCCCCGGCUGUGGCUCACACCUACCAUGUGGAGUUCAAGAAUGAAGGUUUCACCAUCUGCGAUGAAUUCUGGAUGGGCCAGGAGAGGGAGCGGCUGGCCUACGCUUACAGCACUCUCUUCAUCACCUACGUCCUGCCUUUGUCGGCGCUCUGCAUCUCCUACCUGUGCAUCUCUGUCAAACUGCGAAACUGUGUCGUACCUGGCCACCACACCCAGAGCCAGGCAGAGGCUCAGCGGAUGCGCAAACGCAAGACCUUCCGUCUGGUGAGCCUGGUGGUGGCAGCCUUUGGCAUCUGCUGGAUGCCCAUCAGUGUGUUCAAUGUGCUGCGAGACAUUGACAUUGACCUGAUUGAUAAGCGGUACUUUCUGCUCAUUCAGCUGCUCUGUCACCUGUGUGCAAUGAGCUCAUCCUGCUGUAACCCUUUCCUCUACGCUUGGCUGCACGACCGCUUCCGUGCUGAGCUUCGCAAAAUGUUCACAUGCCGCCGUCGUAUUGGCAUCUCAGCCAAUAACUGCGCCACUGCCAGCGUGGUUUUGUGAAGCUCCUGUGUUUUAGGCUGCUGUUGGUUAGUCCAUGUUUCUUUGGACAGUAGAUUAUACUCAUCUCAUUCUGGUAACAGACAAGCAACACAGAAUUAGAUAGGUGUACAUAGGAUUCAUAACUGUAUGGCGAUCUAACUUUUACUCAAGGUAGCCACAUAAUUCUGUAAACUGGUGUCAGACCUGUUGCCAGUAGGCUUAAAAGAGUACUCCACCAGUUUAGCAUUGCCCUUCUAUUACACUGUCUAACUUAUGAUGGACGAUGUAGAAAAAUAGAAUCUUAAUCAAUACAGCAAAGCCAGAGAUAUCAUUGUUUUCAUGCCACAUAUGUCUAUAUUGCCACAAUGCAGCUCGACCGCCGACAGUUUGGUUGAAGAUUUGAAUGUGUUUCUUGUAAUAACUUAUGUUGCCUCAAUGUGCUAGCCUUAAGCAAAGAUGAAGAGCAAGCUACAGAGACUUAGUGAGCUCACUUCUAUCUAUCUUUGUGUCUGGACCAUGAAAAAUCCUCUUUUUUUCAGAUUUAAAUAUUGACUAAAAGGACCAGUGUGUAGGAUUUAGUGGCAUCUAACACUGAGGGUUGCAGAUUGCAAACAACUGAAUACUCUCCCCUCUUCCUUUCCAAGUGUGUACAGUAGGAACCUUUACUCUCUAGAGCCAGUGUUUGGUUUGUCUGUUCUGGGCUUCUGUAGAAACAUGGCAGACUCUGUGGAGGAGGACCCAUUCCCCUGUGGAUAUAAAGGCUCAUUCUAAGGUAACAAAAGCAUGAAAAGAAUGAUUCUUAGUUUUAGGUGAUUUUAAACGAUGAAAACAAAGAUAUGAAUGUUACAAUAGACUAAACUGAAUCCUACACACUGCAACUUUUAUUUACUUCAAGGAUAAAGCAAGCAAAAUUCUGUAGUUUUAUGUCUGUUGACAGAUUUCAUGAAAAGACCCAAACCAACAGCGUGUUUAUCCGUCUGUCAGCACUGCCUGACUUCCCCUGCCUUUGUGUGGCUCUCAGCGCCGAGCCAAUCCUAUUUUCAUUUUUGCAAAACAAACCUCACGUUGAUCAAAGUAUCUUAUUAUUAUCAGAAGAGUUUGAUUCUGCACUAUUACUUGAAUAAUAUUUUAAACUAUGUGCACAGUAACAACCAUAUGAAGGAAAAACUGCCAUUCCUGCGGUGCAAUUCAAAAUACGUUACGUAUUUAGCAGCUGCUUGGUUUUAUUUAUUGCUUGUUUUCUGAAUAACACCUCUUUGAAGCAAAAAUAGGCACAAUAUGUUUGUGAGGACUGGGCGACCAUCAGACACCUGAGCGUCUAGUGAAAAAAAAAAAAAAAAACGCUAGUCAAGGGGAUCAGCAGAGAAAAUACAAAAUCAAGACAAGUUGCAAAUAUUUACUUUCAUUUUUAUAAAAGGAUAGAUGAUGUCCCAGAACAGCUGGGCACUGUAGUUUUCAUCAAAUGUUUCCCAAGCAGGAGUAAAUAAUGGAUUUGGUGGGGACUGUUCUAAGCAGUAGAUUUGGUUUGCUGAGUAUUUGCAGCAGGGUAGUGUAUGUGGGAGUGAUUGGGAAUAAACUACAGUGCCACUGCAGUCGGUGCAACUGUGAGGCUCACUCAUGAGUUUCUAAUAGGUUUUAGACAACAAUUUUGGUAUGUGGCACAGCAGAGCUUAAGUGAUACUGGGCUUCAGAUACACAGGAUCAGUUCAGUGUUGGUUUUCUCUUUUCAUGGGAAAUGUUGACAAUAAGAAAAAUACAUCACAUGACUUAUCCUAUUCAACAUACAGUAUUGCAUUUGUAUUUCCACCUUUGCUAUUA